CCUACCCCCCGUAAACAAGCCAGGCCCAGGGCCCCCAUGAUGCACAUUUCUCGGAAGCGCCAUAACCGGCGCAUUCCUGCCAAAAGUGGCCGUUUAUGGGCGUCCUCCGCAUAAACAUUCCACCCAUAAAACCCUUCCAGGAAUCCUCAUUCGGAGGCACGACAAAACGAGCAAAGCGUGCCCACCUCACGCCGAGUUUAUUCUAAAUCUGUUCGACUGUCAUCCAGCGCUUUAUCCGGCCGCGUUAUCAAUCACUCGUGACCUUCAGCGAACUAGUGUGGCCAGAUGACGAGGGAAAUAAUUUGAAUGCUUCCACAUAACCUAAACGCGACGAGGAAAAUGUGAGGGAUGGCCCUCCUCACCGAGAAGACCGUCAAGGAGGGCUACAUGGUGAAGAGGUCGCAGAACAAGAAGGUCUACACCCUGGUGAACUACAAGCGGCGCUGGUUUGUUCUGACGAAGAGGUUCCUCAUCUACUACGACACGGACAAUGAGCAGAAACGCAAGGAGAAGGGUCGGGUGGACUUGAGCGCCGUCCACUCGAUCGAGGCGGCGGUGCUGUCGGCCACCCCCGAGGAGAUCGGCAUCCAGGGCGACUUCUACCCCUUCCAGCUCGGCUAUGUGUCCGACGACUACUACAUCCUCUACCUCGUCGCUUUGAACGACCCCGAGCGCACCGACUGGAUCCAAACGCUCCGAAGAGCGUGUUCCAACAACCUCAACCUCCGCACCACUUUCCACCCCGGCAACUGGACCGGCAAGAAGUGGACGUGCUGCCAGCGGACCUCCAAGACCUCGGACGGCUGCAAGCUGUGCUCGAACUGGACGCAGGAGGAGGACGGCGAUAAGGAGAACACCAACAGUGCACAGUCGAGCCCGAUCAUGCCCGGUGGUGCCGCCCCUGGCACGCCCUCCGCCAAACAGAAGGAGAAGGCGCUAGUGCGGACGAAGGUUGUGGUGGCCCUGUACAACUAUAAGGCCAUCGAGAGCGGCGAUCUCUCGCUGGAGAAGAACCAGGAGUACGAGGUGAUCGACGACUCGCAGGAGCACUGGUGGAAGGUCAAGGAUGCGAAGGGGAAUAUCGGCUUCAUUCCGAGUAAUUAUGUCAAGGAGAAGGAGCUGCUGGGGUUGCAGCAAUACGAGUGGUACGUCAACGACAUGUCGCGGCAGCGCUCGGAGUCGCUGCUGAAGCAGGAGGACAAGGAGGGGUGCUUCGUGGUGAGGAACUCGUCGACGAAGGGGUUGUACACGUUGUCGCUAUACACGAAAAUCCCCCACCCCCACGUCAAACACUACCACAUCAAGCAGAACGCCCGCGGCGAGUUCUACCUAUCCGAAAAACACUGCUGCAACUCAAUCCCCGACCUAAUCAACUACCACAAACACAACAGCGGAGGUUUGGCCUCCCGUCUCAAAACUAGUCCAUGCGACCGGCCCGCACCUGCCACCGCAGGUCUAAGUCACGACAAGUGGGAAAUCGACCACAACGAGCUCAUGCUGCUCGAGGAGCUCGGCAGCGGCCAAUUUGGCGUAGUCAGAAGGGGCAAAUGGAGGGGCUCGAUCGACGUCGCCGUCAAAAUGAUGAAGGAGGGGACGAUGUCCGAAGACGACUUCAUCGAAGAAGCGAAAGUCAUGACUAAAUUGCAGCACACCAAUUUGGUGCAACUGUAUGGAGUCUGUAGCAAGAAUAGACCGAUUUUCAUCGUCACUGAGUAUAUGAGGUACGGGUCUUUGCUCAAUCACUUGCGGAGACACGAGCAGUCGCUGUCGAGCAAUCAAGGGUUGCUACUGGAUAUGUGUAUUCAGGUGUGCAAAGGAAUGGCCUACUUAGAACGACACAACUACAUACAUCGAGAUUUGGCUGCUAGAAACUGUCUGGUGGGGACCGAGAACGUGGUCAAAGUGGCCGAUUUUGGGCUCGCUAGGUACGUUUUGGACGAUCAGUACACUUCGUCCGGUGGUUCGAAAUUCCCGAUCAAGUGGGCGCCCCCGGAAGUGCUCAACUACACGAGGUUUUCGUCAAAAUCGGACGUCUGGGCCUACGGUGUCUUGAUGUGGGAGGUGUUCACGUGCGGGAAAAUGCCGUACGGGCGCUUAAAAAACACCGAGGUGGUGGAGAGGGUGCAGAAGGGGAUGAUCUUGGAGAAGCCGAAGGCGUGCUAUAAAGAAGUCUACGACGUUAUGCGAAAAUGUUGGAGUCACCUACCGGAGAACCGGCCCUCGUUCCGCAUCUUAAAAGAACAAUUAAUUAGCGUUUCCCAAGGUAUCCUGGUCGAUUGACUGGCCCAACUCGUGUGCGAGUCGGUAUCAAAGAGUUCAUCAAGUUCAACGUCUACGUGUGAUCUAUGUUGUAACUACGAACAAACCUGGAUCGGAAUAUGCGAGACUCUAAAACGAGAGGCUCGCAAAGCCAAACAUUAAAGACUCUGGCCAGACGAAAGAAUCGACUGGUUUAGCUUUUUUGUAUAUCGAAUGAUGGAAGAUCGUGAAGCGACCAUCAAGUAGCGACUAAUUUAUUUGACUAGACGUUAGUUUUAUUAUCGUGCUUUAAAAAUGCUACAGCCGGCGGGAAACUUUAGGUUUUGUGAUAUUUGUUUUAGUGAAGAUAGAGCGUAUAUAAUCAUGAUAAGCCAGUCGUUUGUGAUCAGUAGGAAAUACCAACUUUAUGUAUUUAAUCUAAGAUAUUGUUGCAUUUAUUAUAAGACUUUAUUGUGCGAAAAUCGGGGCAACCCACAAAAAUUGGCAUUUAUUAGACGCUUUAUUUUUGACUGUUAGUUACUUAAAAAAUCUAUGGUAAUUGUGAUAGAUUGGGUUAGGUAAUUGAAACAUCAUUUCCUUUAUCAACUUGUUGCAUUUCAAAACGUGACGCCUAUUCGACUUAGAAUUUGUAUACCAAUUUUUUUAAUCUUUUAUACAAUUUUUUUACCUAUACUACCAACUAUAUCCACGAUAUAACUGUGUUCAGUUUGUAAUGCUGUGUAUUUUAGUAUAAAUAAAUUGUAUUGAUUUAAAAAA